AUGGCCCGCUCCCUCAUCUUCACUUCCGCCGUGCUCCUUUGCAGUGGUGCGCUCUUCACUGCCUUCGUCGCUGCGCCGCGAGCUGCCCCGGCCCCGGUGGCGCCCCACGCCACCACUGCGGCCUUGAGUGCCGUGACCCUGGUGGCCCCUGGUGCAGCUUAUGCCGAGGAUGGUGCCGUGUGGAUCCCUGCGCUCUCUGCCAUCGGCGCUGGCUUCGCCAUUGGCCUUGCCGCCAUCGGCUCGGGCGUCGGCCAGGGCAUUGCCAGCGGACGUUGCAUUGACGGCAUCUCCCGCCAGCCGGAG